UGUCCGAGACGCAGCAUGGCAUUGGAUAGCGACCGCUGGUGCUCUCUGAUUGAUCGGAGUCGGAUCGGGCCUGCUGUUGAGAGGCUUGAUGCAAUUGGUCGAGGAUGGCAGAUGGCUGUGAUUCGUGAAAGGCCGGCCCCCAUUGGAUGGCUGACAAAAGUCAUGCUCAGGUUGAGUCAGCGUCGCAGGAAGUGGAAGAUCAUGAGAAAACGGCAAACUAUGGAAAAAGUAUGGAAUAAUAGUAAGCGACGUCUGCUUGCAAAAAACGAAAGGAAUGUCUACAAGACGAAGCCAACUGCUGCUGAAACAGCAGGGAAGAAAGGAGUACCAGUGUCUAAUAGCAACUCCUCCCAGCAUGAACUAGUUCCUAUUGGGCUCGUUUCUUUAGUGAGUGUGAGGAAUGUGCUGAAUCCUCUUAAAGCUGUAGUUUCGUCCUUGUGCAGUUGGUGGCUGAACAACAUUAAUCAGGGUUUAGAAGUAAUGAAAGACAUUUUAUUUCCUUCUCGUGUUUACUUACGGGAACUGAAUGCACUACGACAACAUAUUGAGGCACUUGAGAUGAAGCUAGUACAAUUGCAAGAAAUCUGCAAUGUAAAUUUGGAGUCUAAUAAUUCAAAAAGUGCUGAUUCAUGUUCCUAUCGAAAAUAUGUUGAUUUCUCUCCAGGCCCUACAAAAAUACCAGUGUGGCCAGUCCAGCCAAUCAUGAGUCGUACCUUACCACAAAAACCAUUUGGAGCCCUUCCUCCCCAGCCUCCACCUCCACCACCCCCUCCUCCACUACCACCACCUUCUGUGUUUGUGCAGAAACCAUUGCAGAUUCAGCGGAAAACUAGGAGUGAAAAUUCUUUGCAAGCGCUGUCUAAGGAAAUUAACAGACCACUGUCCAUAACUAUGAAAGAUUUGAUUAAUGUAAAACUAAGGAAGACUACAGACGGAUUUGAAAAAAAAAAGACUGAUCCUGAGAGGAUAGGUGGAUCAUUAUCUGUGACGGUAAAGGAUUUACUCGAAGUGAAACUGAGGAAGACGCAGAACAAAGUAAAUGAACUAGAGAUGAAUACACCAGAAAAGAAAAGAUCUCCUUUAGUCACAAUUUCUGAUCUACAAGGCUUUAAUUUCCAGACAAAAGCUAACCAACUACAGAAAUCAGCAAAAAUGAUGAACACUCCACAUAAACCUGUGGUCGAUUUUCGGCAACGUCUAAAGAAAGUUGCUAUAGAAAGGAGCCCUGGUGGCACACCUCUCCAUAAAGAGAACCGGGAUACUGGAACAGGACUAACACCAGUUAUGACACAAGCACUAAAACGGAAAUUUAAGAUGGCUCAUCCCAAAAGUCCUCCUUGCUCCUUGACUCCGAACACCAGCUUUGAUGAGCAAAACUCAAGCUAAUUUGGAGCAAUGUAUUUAGUUUUAAAACUGCAACUUUUAACGUUGAUGUUGUUAAUCUAAUUGCCUUUUGGACCCUAUCCCCUGAGUGCAAGUCUGCAAGCUCAAGACUAGGAAAAGGAUUGAGCCAAUUUAAGACACAUUAUAAAUGGUCCAACAUUUUAAUUGUUUCUUAUUGACAAAUAACUCAAUUUCAGCACCAAAUACGUAUUUAUACUGUAAUCAUUAAUUGUCUGACCUGUGAUACUGUCAUCUGUUUAUACAACUCUGCUUUCAUUUUUUUUUUAAACUGCCAUCUAAGAAUGUAGAAAAAGCUCAUUGUAUUCCAUUUUCCAAUAUUUUUGGUUUUCUGUUUUUAAUUAAUUCUAUUUCCCCUACAUUUAGACUUAUCCUGAAAUUUAUAGAGUUGAUAGAUGUUUGGUCUUUGAUCCAAUGUGAAUCCAAAUGGACCACAGCAGUAGAGGAUGUCAGUAAGCCAGUAUACUGCAAAUUUACUCAUUAAAUAGCACUUUGUAGCAUUGCAAAUGCUAUAAAUGUCUUAGUGUACACUGGCAGCAAAUAAAUAGUUGUUUGUACUUACCACCUCUUUUAUGUGAUGGGGAUGAAGUAAUCUGGAUCACAAGUUUAAGGGUUACCAUCUCCAGGUUAAUAACAAUGUAAUUGGAGAAUACUGUAAUAUAAAACAAUUAUAGCUCUGUCAUCUGAAAUAUUUUGCUAGCAUUAGUAUCUAUUUGCACUUCACAUGUAUUUUUUGUUAAUAUGCCAGAGGUUCUCAGAACAUUAUUACAAUAACCAAGAUAUUUCCAUGAUGCGGUUGAAUGUGUAUUUCAAAGAUAUAGAUGAUCAGCUUUUCUUUUUUUCAGUAAAUGGAAAGAAAAUUUGUACCCAAAACAUUUCUGUCUUUCUUUUAUGCCCUAUCCAAUUAAUACUUAUUGCAUUUACUCAUAUAAGAGUCUAGUUUUGCAGAGUAAUGCUUUAGCUAAAAAUUAGAGAGUCAACUUCUAUAUAAGUAAUUUUUGAGGGAUUAAAAUCCACCCUUACUGUCACAGAGCUGCCAGGUUGGGCACUUUUCCUGCUAAAAAAGAAGCCUUGACAUGUGCAGAUACGAGGAGCUGAGCAGUCACCCAAAAUGAUGUGGUAAUCAAUGAAUGUGUUUGUACUUACUACCCACUCACCUAAAGCCAAUCAUCUUUUUUUUUUGCUAAAGGUUGGGGAUCAAUUUAUACACCAAAUCAUUGAUUAUCCAUAAAUCAAGGCUUAAGGAUAUAUGGUACCUGUAUUUCAAAAAGUGUUUUUACAGAAAUUAAUGUUUUCAUAAACUUCAGCUUAAGUACUAAAAUGUCGUAGUUCUAAAUGAUGUGCUUUUCUGGAUUCAGGUUCUUGUAUGAAGUACUACUGAGCUGUUGGAUACAGUUCUGAAUGUGUUUUAAUUGUUUUUUUAAGCAAAUAAAUACUGCCUAAUGUUCAACUA